AUGUAUUUGAAGUAUUUGUAGAGAAGAUUUCAAUCUAAGAAAUUGAAUAAUAUUCGGAAAGCAAAUUUUUGGAAAACUGGAAUCCUACAUACUCUGAUAAUUCUGUAAUAUUUUGAUUAAAAUGCUAAUAUAUAAUAAAUUAAUCUACCAUUUGCACUUUUAAGGAUAUUAUUGUUAGGUCAAUUAAUGAAUUUAAUUCUGAAUACUUCAUGA